GUCACAAUAGUGACCGUGUGAGUGCUGGUGUAAGGGGCUUUUUGGCUGGUCAGUGUUCCUAAGUGGGGACACUGUUUCAAGCAAAUAAAGGAACUAAAACUGAAUCCGCGUCAGCGAGGACUCAGGAAGCGUCUCUGGCCGUUUUGCAAGUCCAUGCUGAAUAAGGAGUGUCUUUUUUGGGGGCAUUUCAUAAAUUGAAUAGGGACAUCAAAGGGCCGAGGCAUUCACUUUUAAGAUGGGGGAUAAGAAACGCAAAGCGCCUCUCGUUGAAGAUACGAAGGCGAGAGUGCUUUUUGAAACCGAAACAUCACUUGAGGCCGAGGAAAAGGCGGAUUACCCUUCCGCUGGCACCAACUCCAUCUACUCGGCGAUUCUGAGCAGAAACGAGGCCGUCAAGGAUGCCAAGCGUCUCAAGACGUUUUUGGAGCUGCGGGACAAGUACGUGAAGAAGAACGUGGUGUUUGAAGACCCCCUGUUCCCCGCAAAUGACUCCUCACUCUUCUACAGCCACAAGCCUGCCAUGAAGUUCGAGUGGAAGCGUCCCUCGGAAAUUUGUGAAAACCCCCAGUUCAUCAUAGACGGAGCCAAAAGGACAGACAUCUGUCAAGGAGAAUUGGGUGACUGCUGGCUGCUGGCUGCCAUCGCCUGUCUGACCGUCAACGAGAAGCUGCUGUACCGAGUGAUUCCCCCGGACCAGAGCUUCACCGACAACUACGCCGGCAUUUUCCAUUUCCAGUUCUGGCGCUAUGGCGAAUGGAUCGAUGUUAUCGUGGACGAUCGCAUCCCCACCUGCAACAACCAUCUGGUGUUCACCAAAUCUUUCAGAAAGAACGAGUUCUGGAGCGCUCUUCUGGAAAAAGCUUAUGCCAAGUUGCACGGCUCUUACGAAGCCCUGAAAGGGGGCAACACUUUGGAGGCCAUGGAGGAUUUCACUGGCGGGGUUACUGAGUUCUUCGACUUGCCCGAGGCGCCCAAAGAGCUCUACAGCAUCAUGAGGAAGGCGCUGGAGAGAGGCUCGCUCAUGGGCUGCUCCAUAGAUGCUCUUUCGGCCACUGAACAGGAGACCCGGACGGAUCAGGGGCUGGUCAGGGGUCACGCCUACUCCAUCAUAGGUUUGGCGGAGUGUGACGGGGUUGAAAAGGACACCACAAUUCGCCUGAUUCGCCUGCGUAAUCCCUGGGGUUGGGUGCUGUGGAAAGGCCCAUGGAGCGCAAACUCGACAGAGUGGUCGACCAUUUCCAUCGCAGAUAAGGACAACCUGAUUAAACAGACUGUACAGGAGAGCGAGUUCUGGAUGUCAUUCGCUGAUUUCACGAGGAACUUCACCAAGCUGGAGAUGUGUAACUUGACCCCCGACGCCCUGGGCUGCGAUGAAAGACAAAGCUGGACGGUGUCGGUCAACGAGGGUCGGUGGGUGAGAGGCAGCUCCGCCGGCGGCUGCAGGAACUUCCCACAAACCUUCUGGACGAACCCUCAGUACCGGCUGCAACUGUACGAGGACGACGACGACCCGGAGGACGGGCAGGCGGCCUGUACCGUUGUCGUGGCUCUGAUGCAGAAAGGCCGGAGGAUGCAGCGCCACCAAGGGGCUAAAUUCCUCACCAUCGGGUUUUCAAUCUACGAGGUGCCGAAGGAGAUGUGCGGACAAAAUCAACACCUGCAGAAGGACUUCUUCCUGUACACCGCCUCCAAAGCCAAAUGCAAGACCUACAUUAACCUGCGGGAGGUGACGGAGCGUGUGCACCUGCCUCAGGGAGAGUACGCCAUCAUCCCCACCACCUUUGAGCCCCACCAAGACGGAGAGUUCAUCCUCAGGGUGUUCUCGGAGAAGAAGAGCACGUCUGAGGAAGUGGAGGACACAAUUGGGUCUGAGAAAACACAGCAAGACAGGAAAAAGAAAGAGAAGCCGAUCGUGUUCGUGUCAGACAGAGCACGAGCCAACAAAGAAAUUGAGCACGACGGCAUCGAGGGGGAGAAGAAGACGAAGAAGAAGCCAAAGCGAAAGCUACUCCAACCGGAGGAGGAGACCGAAGAGGAAAAACAUUUCAGAGCCAUUUACCAAAAGGUUGCCGGCGAGGACAUGCAGAUCUGCGCCAACGAGCUCAGAACGAUCAUGAGAAACGUGCUCGCCAAACAUAACGAAAUGAAGACGGAAGGCUUCAGCCUGGAGACGUGUCGCAGUAUGAUCGCGUUGAUGGAUACUGAUGGGACGGGAAAGCUGAACCUGCAGGAGUUCAAACACUUGUGGAAAAAGAUCAAGGAGUGGCAGCUGAUCUUCAGACGAUACGACGAAAACAAGACCGGCUGCGUCAGCAGCUUCGAGAUGAGGAACGCCGUCAAUGACGCAGGGUUUCACCUCAACAAGCAGCUGUACGACAUCAUCGCCAUGCGCUACGCAGACGAACAUCUCAACAUCGACUUUGACAGUUAUAUCUGCUGCUUUGUGAGACUGGAGGGCAUGUUCAGAGCUUUUAAUGCCUUCGACAAAGAUGGAGAUGGAAUAAUAAAGCUCAAUGUCCUGGAGUGGCUUCAGCUGACGGUGUAUUCUUAAAUCCCCACUGACGUAGCGCCCAACAGUCGGAGCGUCGCACUCAAGACUCAACUCUCCUGGAAAGCCUUGUUAUGUAUUUUUGCACGGCUCAGAGAUUCGAUGAUGAUCAUCUCUCAACACUUAAACUACGAUGGAUUUGGCUUAUAUUUAAAAAGGUAAACUUUGCUGUGAAUGUAAUCACAAGUCAAGCAUUAAAUGGCUCAGUGUGCGCUGUUUCGAUCGAG